CAACGCGAAUGUCGACGUCGACGUCGACGACGACAGCGAUUGGCGGAGUACACUGUCACUGUCGUCGGUCACCUCGCGACCUCGUCUCGUCAUCGAAAGAAGCUCGGAUCAGUCGAACAGCAUGGACCGAAGCAUGACGGUCUGCAUGGGUCGGCAGAAGACCAUCUCGCCGAAUUCGAGGCAGACCGACCCCGGCCGAGACGAGACUGUCGCCGCUCUGUUGGACUCCAUGCUUCGGCCCAGCAACGGACAUGCAUAACGCCUCGAGUCGAGUCGACGCGUUGCCAAGCAGCCGCCAAACACACCGACCUAUCGCACCAUCGUCCGAACAUGUGUCUUCUGCUCAGGCGUCAAUUGUCUCAUUUGUCAAUGAACGUCGCGACGCAUACUCUUCGACAAUUACCCAUCCUGACAGUGGUUUUAUUUCGCGACAUUUUACCGAAUGCUUUUUGUACAUUCCUUACGCCUGCCACGACGCAUUCAGAUUACCCCCAGCACUAA